GUCCCAUCUGGGGUGGUUGCUUUUUCUGGUGAAAGUGGAUGUAGAUGGACGCUAUCACAUAGGAUAAUCAUCCAUCCAUCCAUCCAUCCAUUUUCAAUACCGCUUAUCCUCAUUAGGGUCGCGGGGGCGCUGGAGCCUAUCCCAGCUGACAUAGGGCGAAGGCAGGGGACAUGGUGACGAAAUGCAAUUAAAAGAAGCAGCAACCGAAAACAACGCUUUGUUGACCCCGUGGAAAUUACGUCGCUCUCAAAGAAGAAGACAUAAUAACAACAUUUACUUAUUGAAAGGCAGAGAUUCGCGAGGAAACAGCCAUCAUGGAGAAGCAAAGCAUCAAACUGUGCGUACUGCUGAGCACUUUGGCUGCAUCAGUGCAGAUAUACCAGCUCCAAGAGGCCACUGUGUACUUGGAUGCUGCCCAGAAAAGUGUGAUCCUGAAGGAAGGGUUAAUUGAAACAGAAGGGGGAGCCUACGGUUACUUCAAUGACAGUCUGCUCCUCUCUGGAUGGGGCAUCUUGGAGAUCUGCGCAGGUCAUGGAGGAAUCGCACAGGACGAUGAGACCACCUUCUUCCUGGCUGGGUACCUGGAAGGUUAUCUCACUGCUGGACAGAUGUUUAAUCAUUACUCCAACAUGUACCCUCAACUCCUAAAGGAUGAGAAGGUUUUGAAUCCCCUGAAAAGGUUUUUAAGCAAGCAGGACCAGUGGGCCAGAGAGCAGGUGAAACUGAGGAGACACAGCGACCCCUUGUGGAACUACCUGGGACUGAUCCUGGCCCAGCUGGACGGACUCCACGCUGGAGCUGCGCGGUGGGCCAAAAGCAAACACAGGAAGCCUCUGUCAGCAUUUGCCCUCCAGUUUCUGAAUGGUGUUGGCGACCUCCUGGACCUCGUCCCAGCUCUGACGCCUCGCUCCAACUCCUCCACAGAGACCGGCGCUUUCAGGAUGCCAGGAAUGGGCCACUGCACUGCUCUCAUCAAGGUGCUGCCGGGCUUUGAGAACCUGCUGUUUGGCCACUCCAGCUGGUAUACGUACGCAGCCACCAUGCGUAUCUAUAAACACUGGGACUUCAGGCUGUCUGGCACACACGCCGCCACUGGAAAGGUGUCUUUCAGCAGCUACCCUGGCUUCCUGGUGUCUCUGGACGACUUCUACCUGCUUGGGAGCGGCCUGCUGAUGACCCAGACCACCAUCGGGGUCUUCAACGUCUCUCUGCUCUCCCAGCUCAGCCCUCACAGCCUGCUGGCCUGGCAGAGAGUCCGCCUGGCCAACGGCCUGGCGCACAGCGGAGAGGAGUGGGCGCACGUCUUCUCCAGAUACAACUCAGGUACAUAUAAUAGCCAGUACAUGCUGGUGGACCUGAGCAGGGUUUCUCUGGGUCACAGUAUCAGGGAGGGAGCUCUGACUGUGGUGGAGCAGAUUCCCGGGAAGGUGAUGCACUCUGAUCAGACUCAAGCGUUACGCAGAGGUUAUUGGCCAUCCUAUAACAUACCAUUUCAUGUUGAAAUCUACAACCUGAGUGGGUACAGUGUGAUGUGGAACAGAUACGGAGAGGACUUCUCAUACGACCUCUGUCCCCGAGCCAAAAUCCUCCGCAGGGACCAGGCCAGGGUGUCCGACCUAAACUCCCUCAAACACAUUAUGAGAUACAACAACUUCAGGAGAGACCCCUACUCCAAGGGCCAUCCGUGUAAAACCAUCUGUUGCCGUAACGACCUGAGACCAAGGAGACCACAGCCAGGAGGUUGCUAUGAUACUAAGGUGACGGACUACCAGAUGGCUGUCCAGCUGGUCGCGGAAGCAAUAAACGGCCCCACGACACAGGGGGGCCUGCGUCCGUUCUCAUGGCAAUCGUUCAACCUCACGGCUCAUCGGGGUCUUCCACACACCUACAACUUUCCCUUUGUCACUAUGAGGCCCACACUGCAUCGGCCCUGAGAGCACAGAGACAGCCGAUACGACCGGGCCAGGGAGAAUAGGGCAUGCUUUCCGGUUCAAAUCAGGAAUAAAUGUUUGUCACCUGACUGGGUAAAAUGUAAA